AAACUUGUUAUACAACUUAUACACAUUAACACUUUCUCACUCGCCGAUACUCGUAAAACUUGAUCUGCAACAGUUACAGAAAGAGACGACAUAACGUCACGCGUACUCAGUCGCGUUGUGCAGUUUUGCAGUCCAAAGCAAACAUUGAAAGUGAACGCCUGUGCCAGUUUUUAAAAAGUUAAAGUGAAUGGUCUUUGAAUAAAUUUGGCGGUGAAACGAUUCGCGUGAGAAUCGCGACCCCAAAAUGCCUUGCACAACAUUGAAGUCGUUCCUCACCUGCGUCCGAGUGUUCAUAGACAAGAUGAUCGACUUUUUCUUCGGCCUGUACUGGGACGGCAAGAAACAGUCCAUUCCGGACCUGAGCAAGAAACACGCGUUCCUGGCUGAAAGCACGGUGACCUUGGCUCGGAAAAUUAGAGAAAAAGAGUUGAAGUCUGAAGAUUUGGUAAAGGCUGUUAUUGAAAGGAUAAAAGAGGUGAAUCCUAUAAUAAACGCAAUAACGGAAGACCGCUUCGAAGCCGCAUUAGCAGAAGCUAGGGAAGUCGACAACCUCAUAGCAGCUGGAAUUUCUGAGGAGAUAGCAGCUAAGAAACCUUUCCUAGGAGUUCCUUUCACAGCCAAGGAGAGUCAGGCCAUGAAAGGCUUCCGCUACACCCUGGGGCUUUGGUCGCGGCGCGAGCUCCGAGCUGAUGAGGACAGCGAAGCUGUAGUGCUGCUGAAGGCCGCUGGGGCUAUACCAGUUGCACUUACUAAUCUGCCAGAGUUACUGAUUUGGAGUGAAACCCGUAACCCGGUGUACGGGAUGACGAACAACCCCCAUCACACUGGUCGAACGCCCGGUGGUUCAAGCGGUGCUGAGGCAGCCCUCACUGCCAGCUACGCGACGCCCAUCAGUUUGUGCUCUGACUUGGGAGGAUCCACCCGCAUGCCGGCUUUCUACUGUGGCUUGUUCGGACACCACACUACUGCUGGAACCACAAAUAUCAGAGGAGUAAUGUUCCAUAAAGGCGAUGAGGAAUCCAUGUUCAGUCUCGGUUUUAUCACCAAGCAUGUCGAGGACCUGGCUCCUUUGACCAAAGUCAUCGCGGGAGAUAAAGCCCCUCUUCUAAAGUUAGAUCGUAAUAUUGAUAUCAAGGACAUUAAGUUUUACUACAUGGAAACAUCUAAUGACUGCCGAGUAAGCUCAAUAAGGCCGGAACUUAGGGACGCUAUGACUAAUGCAGUAACAAAGAUCAGCAAGGAAGUGUCCCCAGAGAACAGUCCGCAGCCGUACCACCACGAGGGCUUCGACCACAUGUACCAGUUAUGGUCUUAUUGGAUGAGCAAGGAGCCCCAUAACUUCGCCAGUCUGUUCAACAAUAACAAGAGCGAAGCUAACGGCUUCGUGGAGUUCCUUAGAUGGAUGUUUUGCCUGAGCAAGCACGGUUUGUCAGCGGUCAUCCGGUUGCUAGAAACGCAGGUUAUGCCGCUGUAUCCCAACUGGGCUGAAAACCUGACCAAACAAUGGAAGGAGGAUCUUUUGGCAAAACUUGGUGACAAUGGAGUCCUACUAAUGCCGAGCGCUCCUCAUGCGGCCCCCCACCAUUACUCUUGCUUCCUGCGGCCCUACAACUUCUCCUACUGGGCCGCUAUCAACGUCCUCAGGUGUCCUGCUACUCAGGUUCCUCUAGGCGUGAACAGCCAAGGUCUCCCCAUCGGUAUCCAAGUGGUGGCAGCUCCGUACAACGACGCGCUUUGUCUGUCCGUCGCCAAGUUUUUGGAGAAGGAGUUCGGCGGCGCCGUCAUGCCUUGCAAAACUCAAUAAGUUGUAGUUAUUAUGUGUGUGUAACACAGUACCCAGUGCGUUAGUUAGUAGGUUCAGAACAGUUAUAGAUUACAUUAAAAUGAGAGAGACCCCUUAGGUACUAGUGGUAGGCUGCUGGUAGUAUCUCUCGAGCGUUGAAACAAGGUUUGCGCUCAAAUGCGAAGCGGAACCAUUUUUUUUUAGGGCUGGACGCUAAUCUAAGUUUGGGGUCUCUAAAAUAACAGUCUUCUAUGAGAUGCCUGCUGUUGUUGAAAUGAAAAAUGAAAGAAGAAAAACGCUUUCGCAGUAUGCAAUUAUGCAUUACUUCUUUUAUGUAGGUACCUACCGAUGCCUUAGUCGCCUUAGUUGUAAGUCGCCGUAUUAUGUGUAUAGGGGAAUGAAUAAUGUGAUAAAUUGAUAAUGUUUGUUUGGGUAGGUAGGGUAGCUGGGUGAAAUGAAAAAUAUGAAAGUUUUGUAGUUACUGGUAGGGAUUUUUUUAUAUUAAUAAUUAGUCGUAAUAUGUCUGAAUCUCAUUACCGGUGCUAAGUUCUAAUUAAUUUGUAUUUUAUUUACGUUUGAUAAUUAUGUAUAAAGAUUUAUAUUUUUAUUAAAUAUUUGAUUACAACUUUUUAUGAAA